CGGCGCGGGCGCCAUGUUGGAGCGUCGCUGAGCGCGGGGUGUUACUGUGAGCGCGGCCCGGUCUGCGCGGGACUGGGGCGGGGGAGCCGCGCGGAAAUCGCCCGGGCGGAUCAUGGACGUCGAGAGGCUGCAGGAGGCGCUGAAAGAUUUUGAGAAGAGAGGAAAGAAGGAAGUGUGUCCAAUACUGGAUCAGUUUCUUUGUCAUGUUGCUAAGACUGGAGAGACGAUGGUUCAGUGGUCUCAAUUUAAAGGCUAUUUUAUUUUCAAACUGGAGAAAGUCAUGGAUGAUUUUAGAACCUCAGCUCCUGAACCAAGAGGACCCCCCAAUCCAAACGUGGAAUAUAUUCCCUUUGAAGAGAUGAAAGAAAGAAUCCUGAAAAUUGUCACUGGAUUUAAUGGCAUCCCCUUCACUAUCCAGCGACUCUGUGAGUUGCUGACAGAUCCUAGGAGGAAUUACACAGGAACAGACAAAUUUCUAAGAGGUGUGGAAAAGAAUGUCAUGGUUGUCAGCUGUGUAUAUCCAUCUUCAGAGAAAAAUAAUUCCAGUAGUUUAAAUCGGAUGAAUGGUGUUAUGUUCCCCGGAAAUUCACCAGGGUACACUGACAGAUCAAAUGUAAAUGGCCCUGGGACCCCCAGACCUGUGAGUCGGACGAAGGUUUCGUUGUCAACUCCCAUGACAACCAACGGUUUGCCAGACAGCACAGAGCAUAAAGAGCCCAGCUUGCAGCAAGCAGAGGAGAAGAAACACAGUGAAUCACCAGCGUCUGAAUCAGAAGGUGCUCAGAGCAGCCCAGUGAAAAAUAAGCACUCUGAGGAUGAUCCUGCAGAAGCAGAAGGACAUGAGGUAAAAAGACUUAAAUUUGACAAGGAAGGGGAAGCCAGAGAUGCACCAAACCAAACGGCCUCCAGUGAAGUCUCUUCAGGCGUGGGGGAAGAGACAGAAACAUCCUCUACAUCUCAGGAUAAAGAAAAAGAUGCUACCUGUGCCAGACAGCACUGUACAGAGGAAGAGGAGGAAGACUUGGAGAAGCCAGAAAAAUCCUUCAUGUCUCCCAGAAACAUUGGUCAGGACAGAAAAGAUCAAGAAAAAGACAGGGAGUCCUCGAGUGUGGCUGAAGAGAGCUCUGAGGAGAACAAUCAGAUGGAGGAGUCAGACCAGCCACGGGCAGAGAAGGAUUUACACUCAGCUGACAGCAACAUCAGUUCAUCUGCCACUAGUGGAGCUGACUGCAGUGACACAGAAGAGCUGGGGUCCUAUGCUAGUGAAACUCCAGAAAACUCCUCAGACACCCCGAUGGAAAACAGUGAUGAAGCCACAGAAGCUGCAGAUGAACCUAUGGAGCAAGACUAAUUUAAACAAACUUAGAGGCAGUAUUUUCCAUAAGGCUCCGGUUUUACACUGUAUAAAUAAUUUUAUGUAAUAAAGUGGACCUUUAGUUUUACAAAAAGAAGCAGGUUGUAAAAUAAACUCCUCCAUGGAUUGAACCUUGAAAGAGUUGUACAUGAUAAGAACUGUGAAUACCAGCUCCUUCAGGUCCUGCUUACCGCUGAACUUUCGUUUGGUCAAUCAGUGGUUUGUGUAUAGUUUUUUUUAUUUAGAAUAAAAGUUUUUAAACUGGAAGGUAA